AUGAUUCGACCUACAGCGUUUCGCACACUUGCAACAGCAGCUCGUGUCACUGCGCGCGUGCCUGUUGUCCGGGCCGCCCCGCCCCGAAUUAGCCACACAUUCCACACAACAGCGCGGGCAUUUGUGAAAGUUGGCGAUCCGCUUCCGGAUACGGAUGCGUUGAUGGAGGGGUCGCCUGGACAGAGAGUGAAUUUGGCCGAGGAAGCUCAGAAGGUGAACAACAUGCUCAUUAUCGGCGUGCCGGCCGCCUACUCGCCUGGCUGCUCGACCACACACAUCCCGGGGUACUUGAACCACCCUAAGACGCGGGAGUUCGACAUGGUGGCAGUCGUCUCUGUCAAUGACGUUUUUGUCAUGAAAGCCUGGGGUGACUCGCUUGACCCCUCCGGGGACGUUGGCAUCCGCUUCCUUGCCGACCCGACCGGCCGCUUCACCAGGAUGCUCGACAUGGCCUGGGACGGGACGGCCAUUUUUGGCGGGGAGCGCAGCAAGCGGUACGCGCUAGUCGUCGAGCAGGGCCGGGUCAAGACGGUGGCGGUCGAGCCGGACAACACGGGUUUGAGUGUGUCGCUUGCUGAGAAGGUUCUGGGACCUGCCCCCCAGCACAAGCUGACUGAAUAA